UGCAUUUUGCUUCCAUAUUGAUCUCUUGGGUUGGAUAGAUUAUUGAAAGAUAUCUUGUAUCCCAUCACUCAUCAAUCAGAGAAGGAAUGGGUCUGACAGGCAAACUUGAGAUUGAGAAAGAGAUCCAGACACAAGCUUCAAAGUUCUUCCACCUCUUCACAAAGCAACUUCACCAUGUCCCUAACAUCACAGAUCAUAUCCAUGAAGGUGAGCUUCAUGAAGGAGAAGACUGGCACAACGUUGGAUCUGUUAAGAAAUGGUCUUACACUAUUGAUGGGAAGGUAGUAAAAUGCAGGGAGAGAAUUGAAGUGUACGAUGAAGUAAACAACAUGAUAACAUUCAACCUGUUUGAAGGAGACGUGAUGGAGCAAUACAAGAGCUUCAAGCUGACUCUCAAAGUGUCUGAUAAAGUUGGAGGAGCUGGUGGUGGUGCCAUUGCCAAGUGGACUGUUGAUUAUGAGAAGCUCAAUGAGGGAAUCCCAGAUCCUGGAGGCUACUUGGACUAUGUCACUAACGUCACCAAAGAUGCCGAUGCUCAUCUUCUCACUGCAUAGUCAAUUAUUCAUAAAUAAAUAAUAUUAUUAAGUGCAUGUGCAUGGGCACUACUGAAUAACUAGUUUAAUUUGUGUGUUGUUUAAUGAUUAAUCGAUAUGCAUUAUCUCGUGUGUAUCAGAAGUACUAUGAGUGCUUGUAUGAUGUAUUUGAUGGCUCGUCUGGUCGAAUAUAUGUUCUAUAUGUUGUUGAAUGUGAAAUUGUUGAGACUGAAACAAAAAUUCAAGUGAAUAAUUGUUGUUGAUGUGUUA